CUCGGCUCUACCGUACUCUUGCCCUUGUCGAACUGCACGUGCCUUGCUUUGCUGGGACAUGCACGAUGUACAGCAUGGAUGCUUCGGAAACAGCCAAGGAUAACGCGCACAGAAGCGAAAGCAGCGGCGCAUGAGCAUGCCUAUGCCCCACAGAAUGCGACGGCGUUCUUUAUGGCGUCGUCUUGUUCUCAGAUACUAUAUUCUCCGGUACCGCUCGCGGCACGCACUGCGUCCACUCCAGGGAAGAACCAGCAGCGUCAUGGAGGACCUACCCGUUGAGAUUAUUGAGGCGAUUGUUGGCUACCUCUCGUCACGGGAUAUCCUGCGAUUCCGUCAAACAUGCUCUAAGCUGUACAGCAAGACGAACGAGUAUUGCUCGCGGCACCUUUUCCACACGCUGGUCUCUGACCUGUCUCUGGAUGAGCUCUACUAUCUCUCCACCCACUUCAUCAACAACGCCCAGCUCGCUGCUGGCGUGCGUACCUUCCGCGUCGAACUAAAGAAUCCAGCCCAAGGACUCGGCUAUGACUACUAUUGGAACCGCCGCAAAAGAGGACGGCACUUAAUCCUGCCCUGCGACGGUUUCGAGGCAUUGCACAUGCUUUUUGGUCACUAUCUCACCAACUGCAGCGCGAUUCAAAUCCAUGCCAAAGAUCGCCAGAGCGAAAUCGAUGGACCAGACGAUCAGCUUGAGCCGGCCGAUGUGCUACAAUUGAUUCUUCUCCUUGCACAGCAGGUCUCGGAUUUCCGGCCAAAGUCUCUGGAGCUUUGUGCACCAGCCAGGGGUGAAGGGAUGAGGACGAAAGGAACGCAUUUGACAGCUGAGCGUCUAUCCAUGGACGUAAUUACAGACCCGCAGACUCUGUCGAUGCUCGCUGCUUUAGAGGACGUGAGUCUUAGCCUCGUAUACCCAGACGACCUAGUAGAAUCUGGGUGGCUGGGUGCUUUCUUCGGAUCCUUCCAAAGCCUUCAACGUCUAGAGCUUGACUUGGACAUGGCAUGGGGUGAGCUGGAGAGUGCCGAGGCUCUCAUUCGGCGUCUGCGCUGUCCGCUGCUGAAGGACUUGCAGUUGCACCGCUUCAAAACGACACUUGACACUCUAAAUGAGCUUUUAAAGCCGUGUGCUACCCGCCUUGUCUCCCUAGUGCUCGGCUCGAUUACAUUAGUCGGAUCGCUCGCACAACAAGAAUCCUGGAAAUCUUGGCUCAAAAGCAUUCCAGACACGCUGCCCAACCUGAACGUUCUAGACAUCGAUCUUCUGACCGCCUCAUAUUCUGAAGGCCAGAGGUUGCACCUUCAUUUCGCAGACCUCGCUGGAUUCAGCAUCCCAGAAGAGAAUGAAGACCAGGACUGGGACAGAGUUGGUCUUCCCAAGUACAGAACGAGGAAGUACGAAUAUGUGCCGCCGGGAGAUGAUUCCUCGGAUUUCGGGAAAGAGGUCGCGAGAACCCCCCUCGUAUUCGAGGUGGCCUCUCAUGGUUGGUCCCGAGCAGAUGAGCUAGUUCUUCCAGGGAUCAAAUAUGAAGGUACAGAGAUGAGGAAGGCGGUCCAGUUCAUGUGGGAGCAUGCUGAAGAGUUCAACAUGUUCUAAGCAUAGAUCGAACCAUUUCGCGAUCAAGAAAAGACUAAAUUCAUCUCCAUUACUGCUUUGACUGUUGGUUGAUAAUCAUAUUUGAAGAAAGCUCAGCGACAUCCUCCC